AUCUUUUUAAAUCGGGUUUGCAAUAAUUAAAUGUGUCAAAGCUUUAUUGCUAGAGAUCGAAAGUGAAAAGAUUGUUGAAGUUAGCAGUGACAACCUACUUUAUUUAGACCAUAUUAUUAAUUUAAAGUGCUUUUUUAGGAAACUGGUCUGAUGUUGCAGUUACAGAAGAAUGGAGUGAAGAAGAUUGGGCAGAAAAUCUGACAGAAACUAAAGUUUUUACCCCUAGUGCUGGCACUCAAUCAACUGCAGUUGCUGGAUUAGACAUUCCAACAGCUACAGCUCUCGGGCAAAAUAUUGAUUUAGCGAGUUUUUUGCAAAAAUCUGCCUCUAGUUCUGAACAGAAUUCAAGCAUGCCGGCUACUAAUGGUCCAUCUGUGGGACCGGCUUCUCUAUUGUCUCAGCAGAUCCCUCAAAUGCAGCAAGCAGUGGCACCACAGUCGCAAUCACAUUUUGACUUCAACCAAUUUGCAAAACAAGCUGAAGCUCAAAUUAAAGCAGCAGUUGGUGUUGUGAGUCAAAAUACCCCCGCUGCCCCCUCAAUCAACUCUAGUUCAUUUCAGUCAAACAGCCCUAACUAUCCAUCAAGCUAUAGUGUUAAUAACACUAGCAGUCAACAUCAUGUUCAACUUCCACCUGAGCUGCAACAAGUUAUUGUCUCCCAGUCCAAUUAUUCUUCAACGUCCUCAUCCGGUGUUCAUAUUUCAAGGGAUCUGCAUUCGCCUGUUGCAUCCCAACAGAGUAUGAGCACAACAAAAACAACAACCUCGCAACAUCAAACAUCUCCUCUACCGCAAAGGGUGAAACCGCCACCAAAAGCUAGACUACCACCUCCGUCUAAGGUGAAUAAAAUAAUUUCAUACUUCUGUUCGUUUAUUUGUUCAAUCUUUUAUCAUACAUGUGCACUUUUCUGGAGUUCUACUUUAGGGUGUACUUUUCUGUAGUUAUAUAUGAGGAAU